ACGGUGAUUGGUCGUUCAACUCGGAUAGCCGGAAGCAGUCUCGUUCAGUAGAGAUGGCCAAUCAAUACUAUGUUGUAACGCGACGCGGUGUUGGUUCGCGAGACAUGUAAGCGUCGUUUGAAACUUGCGAGAGUAUCCGAGGAAGGUUCCCGUCGUCAUAAGAUACUUACUGUGAGUUGUGUGUCCUUUCCAGCCUGGUGGAGGAUGUCACGGGAGGUCACCGAUCUCUCUGCCGGAUAAAGACGUCACACCAUUCCAUAUUUUCUGACCUUGGCCUGCAAAUGUCCUUGACACUGACCGCCAUGAGUGACAGCACAGUGACCAGCCGGCAGCAGCAGUGGUCCGAGCCUUCCAGGGGGGGCCCCUAUAUCUCCGUCAUCACCAACAGAAGCACCAACCUGCUGAUCAGAGGGUUCAUGCUGUUCUCGGUGGGAGUCUUCCUGGCCCUGGUGCUCAACCUACUCCAGGUGCAGAGAAACGUCACUCUCUUCCCCCCCGAUGUCAUCAGCAGUAUCUUCUCCUCGACCUGGUGGGUGCCACUCUGCUGUGGCAUCGCCUCAGCGAUGAUUGGGCUGCUGUACCCCUGCAUCGACCGACUCCUGGGGGAGCCACACCAGUUCAAGCGGGAGUGGUCCAGUGUGAUGCGCUGCGUGGCUGUGUUUGUGGGCAUCAACCACGCCAGUGCUAAAGUGGACUUUGCCAACAACAUCCAGCUGUCUCUGACUGUGGCGGCGCUCUCCAUUGGCCUGUGGUGGACGUUCGACCGCUCACGCAGUGGCUUCGGCCUGGGGGUCAGCAUUUCCCUGCUGGCAACACUGGCCACUCAACUCCUGGUUUACAAUGAAGUCUUUCAAUACACUUCUCCAGAUUUCCUGUACAUUCGCUCCUGGUUACCGUGUAUCUUCUUUGCGGGGGUGAUCACGAUGGGAAACAUUGGACGGCAGCUAGCGUUGUAUGAAUAUAAAUUCAUUCAAGAAAAGAGCCAUCAGGACUGAGGGGUGUCUCUCUGCUGACGGUGACGUCGUCAGAGACAGGUCAUCAGAGAACAUCUGCAGUAUAAACCAGACCAGGACCCUGGACGAGCCAAUCAGGCAUGUCCGAUGUGCCCGGAGCUCCGGAUUGGCUGCCCGGUGCUUUCCAUUGGACCAGACAGUAUUUUGAUUGAUCUCAUCUGACCAUUCAGAGCUUAGAGUGGUCACUGGCGAUAUUCUCACCUGAGAGCAGAGGUGAACGUGUUGAUAUCUACUCACCUGGGAAGUGAUGAGCAGUGAAGCGUCUGUCCUUCUUCAGAUCAGCUCGGUGUUUAAUUCUUUGGCUCCAUUGUGCCGAACAAACUUUGCUCUUAUUGCCUGAUUCUGUCACGUCAUUUAUACCAGACCCUUUAUUGUUUGUAAUUAUCUUUUAUCUUUAAUCUAUCCUUAAACCUUCUUGAUCGAGGAGUGAAGUUAUCUCUUCUUCAUGUGCAGUGUUCACACUGACAUGUACAAUGUCAGUGUGACGCAGCGAUCAAGAUUGUUUUUUUAUUGACUGUGCAAAGAUCGGAGGUUGGAAGUGAUUCGUGAAUUAUCUUCAUCCAAACAUGAACCUGGUUUGACUUUCACAUUAAGAUAUUGUCUUAUGAAAUCCCAUGUAUGAUUUUCAAUACUUUCUUUUUCUAAAGUGUGUCUCUACAUUCUCAGUUGCUUAUUAGAAUGGACAAAAAGCAACAUUCACUUCCCCCAAAAUAUUAGAAAUGCCAAAUGUCAGCACCUCACUGAAAUUUGAUUGUUUUCUUUUUGAACAAAGACACAUGAAUUAUUAUAACAGUCAAUAUAGAGAUAGGUUAGUAGAACUUACUCACUCCGGUAUUUCCUUAAUUGUAAUCAUGAAGUCUGUCUGUCUGUCUGUCUCUGUGUGUGUCUAUCUGAUUAAUGCAGUGUUAACGUCUGUCCAUCUGGAGUUGUUCGCUGUGUGCAGAAGGUUGUUUUUCUGUGGGUAUUGAAAACCUUCCUUAAUGAAUAAAAAAUAGUUUAUAGUGCACACUAUAAACAAGGGGCACUCAUGUAUCUGUAUUUUUUUAUGCAUUUUUGGUGUUAGCAUAUUUUAUAUCUGAACUGUAGGAAGUCUAACUUUUGUCAAAUAGGAGAAAUUGUUGCGAUUUCUUCAGAACAUUGUACAGUGUCUAAACAGUUUUCAUAGUUCCACUCAUUUGAGCAACCUUAUUGUAACGUCUAAUUUUUUAUGUAAUAAGAACUGACUUAUUGGUAACUGCUUCAGUUUCUGACUGUUCAUUACUUAUAGUUUAUGUCUCUUCUUAAGCCCCCUCUGUUCUCCAUUGUGAUGUCACUGGUAACACUGCUGGCUACUUGUGCUUUUAGGUUUGGUGGAAACAAAAACAUACCUGUGUUGAACAGGCAUUUGAAGAAAUAAACUUUUAUAAGUCCA